AUGCGUUCAUACCUCGGAUCGUCGUUCUCCAUGCCUUCUCAAUCAACCUCCCCACACCUUGUCGAUCUUCAUCAGGUGCCGUACCGUGACACCGGUACAUCUGUCGGCCCCGUCGGCCCCGUCGACCCCGUCAGCCCCGUCGACCUCAUCGACCCCGUCGACCCCGUCAGUCCCGUCGACCCCGUCAGCCCUGCAGUCUGCGCAGAUUCCCCUACUGUACUACCUACCCUCUCCCUUCUCAAGUUUUGCAUCGCCAUGUCCGCUGCCAUCUCUUGGGCUGCGUCCAUAGUGCGCGCCGAAGCAUAG